UUCAUGAAUUCAACAUGGAGUCGCUGGUGCAGCGAAAAUCAUUCUUCUGACAUGUUGAGCUGCAGCCAAAGAAGCGAUAUACAAACGUUAACAGAGCUGCGUGGAGGUAUUCGUGAGUCGAGCUGCAGUGAGCCUCAGACUUCAUAUAGUUUUAACAUUUAAUGCACGAUGUAUGACCGUGCAGCGGACUGCAGCGACUGUUUCAGGGUUUAAGGCUUGACAGGAACUACGAGUGAGCCACGACAGGCUCUGAUGGAGCCCAGACAAAUCACCGGGGUGUACGGAGAGGUGAGCGGCCUGCCUGCGCCUGUUUCAGCCCAUGUGAGAGAGGAGCAGCUCCAGGAGCCCCGGAUAUACACGGUGACAGCAGAGUGGAGUCAGAGCGAACUGGUUCGAUGCUCCAGACUCCGAUACUUGCGGGAGUUCACGCUGAUCUCGGAGAGCAACAAUCACAAGAUCAUCAGGACUGUUCUUCCACCAGGACCGUGUGUGUCUGUGUCUGGAGAGUUGUUGAGUGGAUUCUCUCCCAUUCGAGGCCUGAGAGCUGUUAUCAGAGACACGAGCGGUCACCAGCUCCUCGAGAUAUGGAACUGCCACGGCCUCAGAAAAUGCCUCAACCUGACUGCUCUUAACAAACACGGCCGAGUGUAUGACGACGCCCAGUUUGGCUGCCUGUCGUGGUCAGAGUGUGAGAACAAACUGCUGUACGUAGCGGAGAGAAGCAAGAACACAUCAGCCGAAACGCAAGAUGGGGGACACGCGUGGAGAAAGGACAGGAGUUUGUACUGUGAAGAUUGGGGGGAGGCCCUGACCAAUAGGAGCGAGCCGGCGAUUUGUGUGGUGGAUUUGGAGAUCGGCGCGGUCAGCGUGUUGGAGGGCGUUCCGCAUGAUGUUUCACCUGGACAGGCUCUGUGGGCUCCCGGCAGUCAGUCAGUGUUUUUCAUUGGCUGGUACCACGAACCCUUCAGACUCGGACUAAAGUUCUGCUCCAACCGCAGGUCAGCCUUGUUCAAGAUUGACCUGUGUGGACAUUGUGAACGUCUGUCGGGGGAAAACCUUUCAGUGUCCAAUCCCAGGCUAAGUCCUGAUGGGUUCACGCUGAUCUACCUGCAGGGUGCGGUGUUUGGUCCUCACAACCAGUGCCUCAGUCUGCAGCAGCUGGAUCUGGAAAGCGGGGAGACAUCUACGCUGCUGGAUGUUGUCAGCAGGCCACAGGCUGGUGAGUUUGCAGGCAUGUAUGAAGCGCUGCCGUCCUGCUGCUGGUCUGCAGACAGCCAGAGAGUGAUGUUCAGCAGCGCCUGCAGGAACUGGAAGGGUCUCUUCCUAGUUGACAGAAGAUCAAAGAUAGUCACCUCCCUCUCUGAUAGUAAGAGUCCAUCCUCUCCUCCACCGCUCUCACCACCACCUCCUCCUCCUCUUUCCCUCCUGUCCUCAUCUCCAUCACUUCUUUUCCCUCCUCCUCCUCCUUCUCCCCUCUCUCCUCUGCUCCCCCCUCCCCCUUUCCCAUGUUGGGCUUCCUGUCCUCUCCCAUCUCCUCUUUUCCCUCCUCCAGACGAUUCCCCCUCUGUUUCUCAUUCAUCAUCUCCUGUUUCUCCGACUCCUCCUUCCCCUUUUCUUCCACCUCCGCCUUCUCCUUUUCUUCCGGUUCCAGUUCCUCCCCUGCCUCAUGAAUCUCCCCUUCCUCCUCCACCUCCACCUCCACCUCCUUCUGAUUCUCUUUCUGAACCUCUCCCUCCUCCUCCUCCACUGUUUCAUCUUCACCAGGAGGACAAGGGAGAACAGAAAGACCUCUCGGAUUCUUCUUCCCAACUUUAUGGCAGCUGGAAACUGCUGACAGUCCAGAGAGACCUGAUGGUGGUCUGCUGCUCCAGCCCGAACACCCCUCCCACUCUGAGGGUGGGGUUUGUCCCGCGUGCAGGUGAGGCCGUGUCCUGGCAAACUCUGCAGGAGCCCCUCAUGACCUUUGACUUCAGCUGGAAAGUUCUAGAUGUGACUCCUCCAUCGGACGAGGAGAACGCAAACUACCCUGGCUUAGACUUUGGUGCAGUCUUGGUUAAACCGUCUCGUCCCCUUGGUGAAACCAGGACACCUCUUGUGGUCUUCAUCCAUGGGGGCCCUCACUCUCAGUUCCCUGCAGAGUGGAACAGCACCACAGCUGGGCUGGCUAAACUCGGCUUCGCUGUGCUCAUGGUGAACUACAGGGGAUCCACGGGGUUCGGCCAGCACAGCAUUUUGUCACUGAUCGGUCAGAUUGGGAGCCAGGAUGUAAAAGAUGUGCAGAGGGCUGUGCUUACUGCGCUGGAGCGUGACCCGAACCUCGACCCCGAUCGCUUGGCUGCAAUAGGUGGUUCUCACGGCGGUUUCCUGGCUUGUCACCUGCUCGGUCAGUAUCCUGAGUCCUACAGAGUGUGCGCAGCCAGGAACCCUGUCAUUAAUGCUGCUACUCUAUUGGGAACCAGUGAUAUAGUGGACUGGCGUUACACCAGUGCUGGGUUUCACUACUCCUACGACCAGAUACCCACUGCUGAGGCCCUGGCUGCUAUGUUACAGAAGUCACCCAUUGCACAUGCUGCCAAGAUCAAGGCUCCGGUGCUGCUGAUGCUGGGAGGCAGAGACAGGAGGGUGUCUCCACACCAGGGGAUGGAGCUUUAUAAAGCACUGAAGAGCCGAGGUUCACCUGUCAGGUUGCUGUGGUUUCCUGAAGAUGGACAUUCUCUGUCCAGAGUGGACACACAGGUUGACUGCUUCCUCAACACAGCGCUGUGGCUGCACCAGCAUCUCUGACCACGCACGCACACACACGUACGCACAGCCACGAGGGCGUUUUUGUUGUUUUUUUGCUUCAGCUCGACGCUCUGAGAAAAGUGGUAGAAAUCUGGUUUUUGAUCACAGCUGAGAAUCUUAAAAAUCGCAGACUUUUUAAUAACUAAACAACGCUUUCUAAGGUAAAGUUAACAAAAAAAAAAAAAAUCAAAAGAAAUAAAGAACAUUUUUAC